UCAGUGCCAGAUGGAAAUAGUUCAAAUGUCACUGUAAUAAAAUAUGUCAAACAGAAACAUUGCGAGUGUAGUGAGUCGUUAUUAAGCCUAUUUUUAAUUAAUCUGAAUAAAUUUAGCAAAGAAGAGGAGGAACGGAAUAAACAGUUCAGUGAAUUCUGUCCCCCAGUUAACCUCAUUAAUUGUGUUCAUGUCUGUUGAGUGCAUAACACUGCAAAAAUAAAUUUGUUUAACAAAUUUCGUGUGCUAUGUGUAUAAACCGCAUUUUUAACAAAUAACCCAACCCCGCUUGCGACAGUUUUUUAAAAUGGUAUUUAAUACAAGUCAAAUAAAUCUAAACGUUGUUUUACUCGUGCUAUUAGGGAUUUCUAACAAGGUCGACUUUAUAAUGGCCCAUCAAUGCUACGUCUGUGGCCCCAAAGCCAACAUCAGCUGUGAUAAAUUCGAUCCCACCGAUAAAACAUUUAUUAAAGAGUGUCCUUCAGCCCAAGCCUGCAGCAUCCAAACACAUGGCAAUUUGGUCGAAAGGUCGUGCGAAGAAAUCGGAAUUCGCGACUGUAAAACAGCGAAUAACGUCCAGUACUGCUUCUGCUCAGAAAAUUUGUGUAACGGCAAGACAAUCAAUUUCACCGAUGACGAAGACUUGAACGACGAAGGGAGCGGCGUAUCUGUGAUAACCAACACCAUUCAAAAGGAGCACAAAACAAUCCACACUGCAAGUCAAUCCAGUCAGGUCCAGCUUUAUUUCUGCAGCACCUGGAUCUCCAUCCUAGCAAUACUGUGCAAUUAAGCGCAACGUCGGUAUUAUUUCAUCAGUAUUAAGUUAAGUCUUCCACCAAAGAUCAGUUUCGUAAUUAUUUUAUUUAUUUUUUACGUUCUCUGACACGUGUAGUCAAUUACUGGCAACGGUUGUGCUAAAGAGUAUUGCUUGAAAUUAUUUUUCUGUGAUUAUGCCGAAUCUUGUCAAUUCUCACUACAGUACAACCCCUUUUACCCGAACAGCAAGUUGUAUUCCUUACAGAUUUUGAGUCAAUGCCAGGCCUCACGGCCAAACAACAAAUUAAAAAUGUAUUUUACUUCGUUUUUUAGACCAUUUACUUUUCCAAUAAUUGCAAUAAUUAGUUCGGGUGAUGGGUGUUUUACUGUAACCUGUAACUAAAAUGUGAUUUUGUUUUUAUGAUAAGAGAAUCAGUAUUUUGGAUAUGAAUAUAUUACGCUUGUCAGCUUUUAUAUAAACACUAAUUUAGCCCCACUGCUGCUGAAUUCCAGCGGUAUUUGAUUUAGAUCUAGUCAUUGUGAAGUUAUGUAACGUCCUCUCAGAUAUUACAAACAUUUUUACGCAUAAACACGCUUUAUUCUGAAAGGACACAAUUACUCCGAUGUGACUUAACCAAAAAUGCUCAAUAAAUUGAAACUAAAGUAA